AUUGCAGGAGCUUAGAGAAGACAACAUUGUAUUAAUUGAAACAAAGACAAUGUUGGAAGAGCAAUUGAUGUUAGCAAGAGCUCGUGGUGAUAAAUUACAUGAGAUUGAAAAAGAAAAUUUGCAGUUGAAAUCCAAACUUCAUGACAUAGAACUGGACAGGGAUACUGACAAAAAGAGAAUUGAAGAGCUCUUGGAAGAAAAUAUGGUGCUAGAAAUUGCACAGAAACAAAGUAUGAAUGAGUCAGUACACCUUGGCAAGGAACUGGAACAGCUGUCAAAGAAUACAGAUCUCUCAGAUACAAGGAAAUCUUUUGUCUUUGAGUUGAAUGAAUGUGCAUCAAGUCGCAUCUUGAAACUUGAGAAGGAUAACCAGAGCCUACAAAAUAUCAUCCAGGAGCUCAGAGAUGCAUCUAUAGUCACUGAAGAGAAUACCCUCAAAUUUGUAGAACUACAAAAUGAGAAUCAACAGCUUGGCCAAAAG